AUGGUUCGCCUCCGCGAUGGAAUGUGGCUGCCUGCCGAGGGCACGGCGACGGAGUACGCAGAGGAGGUCUAUUACACCACCGAGAUCGAUGGCGGCAAGGGCCUUAGCCUGCUGUGCCCAACGAGGAAGAUCAAAACGCGCGGCCACACCUUGAACGCGAGCACCGUUACUCUUGAUAUCAAAGCCGAGUUUGACGGCGUCAUCUCAGUCGAGGCGACUCACUGGGCCGGCGCGCUCAACAAGGGUCCUCAUUUUGAACUCUUCCCGGAUGGCAGACCAGAGGUCGAGGCGCGGAUCCAGAAGAGCGACAAGGGCACGACUUUAUCCUCGGGCUCGCUGUCCGCAACCAUCCACCCGGAUUUUGACAUACAGUUCCACAGCACUGAUGGCUCCAAGCGGCUGACGUCCCUUGGAAGCCGAAGCGUCGGCCUGGCAUACAACCCUGCGCCAAGUACGCCAAUGCAGACCGGGGACAUGCGCGACUUCAAGCACUACAUGUUUACCCAGACCACGCUCGGCGUCGGAGAAACGAUCCACGGCCUCGGUGAGAGAUUCGGCGCCUACAACAAGGUCGGCCAGUCCAUCUCCCUGUGGAAUGCCGACGGCGGCACCUCCAGCGAGCAGGCCUACAAGAACGUCUCCUUCUGGCUUAGUUCCAAGGGCUACGGUGUCUUCAUCGACACGCCUGGUAGGGUGGAGCUCGAGAUCGGAAGCGAGCGUUGCAACCGCCUCCAGACCGUGGUCGAAGGCCAGAGGCUCAAGUGGUACAUCAUCUACGGCCCCACACCCAAGGAAAUCCUGAAGCGGUACACCACCCUCACGGGCAAGGCGGGCAAGGUGCCCAGCUGGAGUUUUGGGCUGUGGCUGACAACAAGCUUCACGACCAAUUAUGACGAGCAGACCGUCAACACGUUUCUUGAGGGCAUGAAGGCCCGCGGCUCCCCUGUCGAUGUCUUCCACUACGACUGUUUCUGGAUGAAGGCCUUCACGUGGACCGACUUCGUCUUCGACUCGGAGCGUUUCCCCGACCCCAAGGCGCAGAUCGCCCGUCUCAAGGCAUCGGGCCUGUGCAAGAAGGUCUGCGUGUGGAUCAAUCCGUACAUCGCCCAGCACGGUGAGGCCUUCAGGGAGGCGGCCGACAAGGGCUACCUCGUGAAGCGCAAGAACGGUGACGUCUGGCAGUGGGACCUCUGGCAGGCCGGCAUGGGCCUGGUAGACUUCACGAACCCCGAGGCGUGCCGGUGGUACGAGGAAAAGCUCAGCACGCUCUUCGACCAGGGCGUCGACUCCAUCAAGACGGACUUUGGUGAGCGCAUCCCGACGCUCGACGUCGAGUGGCACGACAAGACGGUCGACCCCGUCAAGAUGCAUAACUACUACGCCUUCAUCUACAACAAGGUCGUCUACGAGGCGCUCCAGAAGCGCUACGGCCAGAACGAGGCCGUCCUGUUCGCCAGGGCCGCCUGCGCCGGCACCCAGCGAUUCCCGCUGCAGUGGGGCGGCGACUGCGAGUCCACGCCCGAAGCCAUGGCCGAGUCGAUCCGCGGCGGCCUUGGCCUGGGACUCAGCGGCUUCUCAUUCUGGAGCUGCGACAUUGGCGGCUUUGAGGGCUACCCGCCGCCCUGGAUCUAUAAGCGCUGGGUGGCCAUGGGCCUGCUCUGCAGCCACAGCCGGCUCCACGGCAGCAGCUCGUACCGCGUGCCGUGGGUCAUCGACGACGACGAUGCCGGAGAUGAAGGCUGUUCGCGCACCCUGGCCAAGUGGACAGCGCUCAAGUCGCGCUUGAUGCCGUACAUAUUCGCCGAGGCGCAGGCCGCCGUCGAGCAAGGGAUCCCCCUGUCCCUGCGCGCCAUGUGCAUCGAGUUCCCCGAGGACCCGACGUCCUGGUACCUCGACCGCCAGUUCAUGCUGGGGCCUAGCAUCCUGGCGGCCCCGAUCUUUGACGAGUCUGGCGAGGUGGAGUUCUACCUGCCCACGGGGCGGUGGACCUCCUUCUUCUCGGGUGAGGUCCGCGACGGGCCUGGGUGGUUCAAGGAGACGCAUGGGUUCGGUUCGCUGCCGCUCUACGUGCGCGAGAACACGGUGCUCGUCCUGGGCAGCGAAAAGGCUGUCGGCGCCGUGUACGACUACGUGCGGGACGUCGAGGUCAGGCUGUACCAGGUCAAGGAGGGCGCGAGGGCGACGGUCGUCGACAGUGAGGGCCAGGAGGUCGGCGUGUUGGAGGUUGGCGAGGAUGGCAAGCUCAAAGACACGGCGAUCCUGAAGGGCGAGUUUACCGUCACCGAGGUUUGA